AUAAUGUGUGGCUAACUUCAUGCGUAUUGAUCAUCGACCUCUACCUUAUGUCGUUAGUAGUAGAAGGCAAUAUUUUGACAAGUGUCCAUUUAUAAUUAUUUAUUUUGAAACAUCAUUUUCUAAAAAGACGCAUAAUAGUUAUAAUAUUAAGUGAUUGUAAGUAAUUUUAGUGAAGUCAUGGAGGUGACAUCGAAGAGCUCAUCUAAUGUAAUAUUAGCCGUUUGGAACAUUUCCUCGGCCACCCAACGCGUUAAAAUAUCAAACGUAGACUUAGAAGCCCCAGUAAAGGCUUUACGAAACCAAGCCUCGCAAGCUUUAGCCAAAAACAUAGAAGGUGAGAAUACGGAACUCUCCUUUUGCGGUUUAAUAUUAGAAGACGACAACGUACUAUCCUCGUACGGAGUAUCAGACGGUGUAACGAUCCACGUAAUCCAAAAACCGGAAACCAAAGCCCCGGCCAAACCGGAACCGAAGGUCACCGCCUCCGAGCUGAUAAGCCGCUUCAUGGCGCUGGUGUUGCACCCGAACUACCGCAACGCCUUGCAGCGACUCGCCCGACCCGAGGUGCUCGACAGCCUGCUAACCGCCUGCCCGGAACUCUACUCCGACCCCUCCGUGCUGGGCAUACUCCAAGACCCCGAGCUCAUCUUCCAUCUAGCCAACGCCGACGAGGCCGCCAAAAUGAUCGAAGCCCACCCGGUGCUCCUCACGGCCGGCGGCUGCAUCCUGAAGCACGUGCAAGAGGAGCAGGCCAGUCUCAACCCCAACGUCCCCGGCACCAGCACCGGCUACUCCUAUUCGUUAGACGCUCUAUCAGAUGACGAAGAGGAGAUGGACUCGUCGGAUAACUCCUUCGCAGCCACGCAGAACACCUCGCUGACGAGGAACGCCUCGUUCAACGCCAUCACGGCCGCUCAAUUGGCCUCGGCGAUCGCCAAUGCGACCAACACGCAGUUCAACACGAACAGCGCCGGCGUCCCGACGGCGAAUUCCAACGUGAUCACCAGCGAGAUGUUCUCCAACGCCAUACAGCAGGCCAUCGAGGGCGGCAGGACGGCGGCGACGGCGGCGCCGCCGCCGCAGGACGGCUCCGAGUCGUGGCGGGCGCAGCUGAAGCAGAUGCACGAGAUGGGGUUGGUGGACGAUACGGCGAAUAUUAGAGCUUUGAGGGCGGUGAACGGGAACGUUAACGCCGCUAUCGAAUUGGUGUUGAGUUUGAAUGAAAUGGAGUGA